AUGUUGUGCCCGCGAUACAGGCCAAAGCUUCCUCUCGGGAAUGGAGGCUCCCUUGCAGGCGCCGAUGCACCAGCAGGACAAUCUCCGUCUAAGGUCCCGAGAGGGCUAUCCACGAUUGUAUCUCGACACACCAGCGGCCAAGAGAUUCGCGUUUGGGUUGGCGGUAAUGAUUUGCAACAGACCGGUCCGCUGGACAUCCGCUGGACAUCCGCUGGACAUCCGCUGUGGACAAGGCUGCCCACGAGAGAAUCUGCGCGCACGGCGGGCGCGCUAAAUGCCACGCGGGCUGGAUGCUACCCGGCCAAACGACAGCUCGGUGAUGUCACCGUCGUGACCAGCGGUAUCAGCGGUAUCAGCAUGCAGCUAACGAGACGCUUCCUGCCGCUAGGGUGCCCGCGCAUGAGACAGGAGACAUCUUUCCGAACUCUGGAGCGGAGGAGAGACAUUGUUCCAAGUCCCAUGGCAAACAAGAUGCAUGAUUACUCGUACGCCGAUGCACGGACACCAAAUGACCACCAAGGAAGUAAAAAGCUAGCGAAUGCAGCCGGCUUGCGCCAGUGA